GCACAAAUGAGAAAUCUCUUGUAGAGUUGUAGUACUACAAUACUAUAAUUCACUGCUCCCACCCUCACAGUCACAGUCUCAGUCUCCGUCCCCAUCAAAAUUUUCAAAAUUCUCCCCAACAAUGGCUGUCAAAUCAGCUCUGGUUUUCUCAAUUCUCCUUCUUCUCUUCGUUAGCGUUCUAACAACGUCGUUUGCUUCAGAAACGGUGGAGAAAGGAAAAGGCUCUGAAGUAGAAGAAGACGAGGAUCUCAGUUUUCUGGAAGAAGACGACGCCGCUUCGUCGUCCCAUCACGAUCCCUAUGCUCAGUACCACAACUACGAGAACUACGACGAUCUCGAAGACAAUGAUUCAGGUGCUGCCGAGGACGGCGGUUACGAGGCGUACACGCCGCCUGCGGUUGACGAGGCGGACGUCGUGGUGUUAAAGGAGUCCAAUUUCAGUGAUUUUAUAGCGAAGAAUAAGUACGUCAUGGUGGAGUUUUACGCGCCUUGGUGCGGUCAUUGCCAGGCUCUGGCGCCGGAGUACGCAGCCGCGGCAACGGAGCUGAAGCAGGAGGAGGAGAAGGUGGUGCUGGCUAAGGUGGAUGCUACGGAGGAGAGCGAUUUAGGGCAGAAGUAUGAUAUUCAGGGCUUUCCUACAGUUUACUUCUUCGUCGACGGCAUUCACACGCCUUACCCCGGUCAACGUACCAAAGAAGCUAUUGUGACUUGGGUGAAGAAGAAGAUUGGCCCUGGUUUAAACAACAUUACAACAGUCGAGGAAGCAGAACAAAUUUUGGCUACUGAGUCAAAGUUGGUUUUGGGAUUUUUGGAUGCCUUUGUGGGUGCAGCCAGUGAAGAAUUAGCUGCAGCUUCAAAACUUGAAGAGGAUGUCAAUUUCUACCAGACUACCAGCUCUGACGUAGCAAAACUUUUCCAAAUUGAUCCCCAAGUCAAACGCCCAGCUUUGGUGAUCAUCAAGAAAGAGGAUGAAAAAAUAAAUCACUUCAGUCAGUUUCUAGACUUUUCUUUUUUGAAAAUUAAGAGUGAGUGUGUAAUUCCUUUCACUGAGUUUCUUUCUACAGGUGGUCAGUUUACUAAAUCAGCAAUAAGUGAAUUUGUUUACAAGAAUAAGCUUCCCCUGGUCACAAACUUUACUCGGGAUAGUGCCCCACUGAUAUUUGAGAAUCCAAUCAAGAAUCAGUUGUUACUUUUUGCAACUGCAAAUGAUUCAGAGAAGUUCCUACCCACAUUCCAAGAGGCUGCAAAAGCUUUUAAAGGAAAGCUCCUAUGUGUUUACGUAGAAAUGGACAACAAGGAUGUUGGGAAGCCUGUUUCGGACUAUUUUGGUGUGCAAGGAGAUGCACCAAGAGUUCUCGCAUACACAGGAAAUGAGGAUGCCAGGAAAUUUUUAUUGGAAGGUGAUUUGACUCUAAGCAACAUUAAGUUAUUCGGGGAGAAGUUCUUGGAAGACGAUCUUAAGCCUUUCUACAAAUCAGAUCCAGUUCCAGAAAAAAAUGAUGGGGAUGUCAAAAUUGUGGUUGGCAAGAACUUUGAUGAAAUUGUUCUCGACGAGUCCAAAGAUGUUCUUUUAGAGAUAUACGCUCCCUGGUGUGGGCAUUGCCAAACACUCGAGCCUAUCUAUAACAAGCUUGGCAAACAUUUGAGGGGCAUUGACUCGCUUGUUAUUGCCAAGAUGGAUGGGACUACAAAUGAGCACCACAGGGCGAAGGCUGAUGGGUUCCCUACUCUUCUUUUCUUCCCGGCUGGCAAUAAGAGCUUCGAUCCAAUUACAGUUGAUACAGAUCGUACUGUGGUGGGUUUCUACAAGUUCCUAAAGAAGCACGCAACCAAUCCUUUCAAGCUUCAGAAGCCAGCCUUAUCUACCCAACCUAAGGGUUCUGAUGCCACCACAAGUGACGACAGUAGCAGUAAAGAUCUCAAAGAUGAACUUUAAGGUUUCGUACAUGAGUUUGGUUUGCUGAAGAGGAUACAAUAUCAUGGCAAUGUAGAGCAGAAGAUUAGAGAAAGAAGAUGGAAAAGGCACAUGUAAGUCCUUUUAUUAAUGAAGACUAAAAUUUUGUACCUUUUCCUAAUUUUAAAAAUUGUCUACAAAUGUUUAUUCUGUACCAUAACAGACGUGAUAAUGUUUCCAAAGAUUAUACGAUCUCAUCUGGCUUAGGAUGAGGCGAAAAUCGUAUCCCCGUCACAGCAGUCCCUGAUUCA